AUGACUGUUGAUACUGGAGCAGUAGUUAGUGUCUGCCCGGAGAAAAUUUAUUAUGAUAAAUUGCAGCAUGUAGUCCCAGCAUUAAAGCGUUCAUCCAUUAGUUUGAAAACGUAUACUGGAGACAAAAUACCAACAAUUGGUGAGUUUCAGGCUACAGUCUCCACCGAUGACGGACAAUCGAAGGUGUUGCCGCUCGUUGUUGUCAAAAACAAGGACCCAAAUCAACCAAUAUUGAUGGGGAGGAAUUGGCUUCAGGAAUUCAAAUUGGAUUGGUCUCGGAUCAACGGGGGAGAAAGUUCCUCGCUGCUGGCAAUUGGUAAGACUGUUCCAAUUCAUAAUAGGAUAAAAGAUCUGAGGGCCAAGUAUAAUGAUGUUUUUGAUGGCAAGUUUGGGGAGAUAAAAGAUGUAGAAGUUAAUUUGGUGUUAAAAGAAAAUGCCAGACCGGUAUUCUGUAAGCCACACAACGUCCCGUUUGCAUUAAGGCCUGCAGUAGAAGUAGAGCUCAAGAAAUUAGAAGAUAAUGGAAUAAUAAAACCUGUGACUCAGUCUGAGUGGGCCACGCCUUUGGUGGUGGUUCGAAAGGUUAAUGAUGAUAUACUGAUAACGGCUGCUAGCAAUGAAGAAAUGUUUUUACAUCUAGAGGCGGUCCUCCGCAGGCUUAUGGAGUAUGGAGUUAAAAUUAAUAACGAAAAGAGUGAGUUUUUCAAGACUAGGAUCACUUUCCUAGGGCAUGAGUUGGAUGAAGCGGGUAUUCAUCCUUCUAAGGUACUUACGGAAGCUAUUGUAAAGGCACCCAAACCAGAAAAUGUGUCACAGCUUCGCUCAUUCCUGGGGUUAGUUAACUAUUAUGGAAAAUUUUUGCCAAAUCUCUCUAGUAUAUUGUAUCCAUUGUACCAGCUUUUAAAUAAAGAUGUUAAAUGGAAUUGGUGUCAAAAAUGUGAAGAGGCUUUUACAACAAGUAAAAACAUGUUAGUGCAAAACAAUGUUCUGCUUCCAUUUGAUCCAAAUCUAGACAUUGUAGUCUCAGCCGAUGCAUCACAUUAUGGUCUAGGAGCUGUCUUAGCACUUGUGUUACCCAACGGGUCUGAAAGGCCUGUAGCAUUCGCAUCGCGGACUUUAGGCAAGAGUGAGAUUAAGUACGCACAAGUUGAAAAAGAGGCACUGGCUCUCAUUUUUGCUGUGCGCAAGUUCCAUAAUUUCUUAUAUGGGAGGAAAUUCAUACUGGUGACUGACCAUAGAGCAUUAACAUUCUUGCUUGGUCCCACCAAGGCCAUACCCACUCUGGCAGCUGCUAGAAUUCAGAGGUGGGCAUUAAUUUUGGCAUCAUACCAAUAUGAUUUAGUGUACAAAAAGGGUGCCGAUCAUGGAAACGCAGAUGCCCUCUCAAGGCUGCCAUGCAAAGGAGAAGAGGAGGAGGAGAUAGAAGGUGAAAUAAACUUUUUUGCCCACAGUCAGAAAUUUCCUAUAUCCUACAAGGAAAUCGGGGUUGCGACAAAGUAUGAUCCGAUUCUGUCGAAGGUCUUAGACCUUACUAGAAAUGGCUGGCCUGCAUACACGAAUGAUAUACAGCUAAGACCGUAUUCCGAUAAAGCGUUGCAACUUUCAGUAGAAAAAGACUGCUUGCUGUGGGGCUCAAGAGUAAUAAUUCCCCGUGUUCAUCAAGAAGAAGUGCUACAAUUGUUACAUACGGAACACCCUGGUGAGUCGCGUAUGAAGGCAAUAUCUCGCAGCUUCGUUUGGUGGCCAAAACUUGAUGUUGAAAUUGAGGAGUUUGUGAAGAAGUGCAGUAUCUGUCAGAAGACUAGGAAAUCAAUGCCGGUGGUCCCGUUACAACCAUGGUCAUGGCCAAACCGCAACUGGCAAAGGCUACAUCUAGAUUUUGCCGCCUAUGAGGGGAAAGAUUUUCUCAUUCUCGUUGAUAGUAGAUCCAAAUGGCCCGAAAUCUUCCACAUGAAAUCUACAACUUCUGCUAAAGUAAUAGAAAAGCUAAGAACCUGUUUUGCAGCUUACGGCUUACCAAAUACUGUGGUAACAGAUGGAGGUACUCAGUUCACGUCUCAAGAGUUUAAUGACUUUCUGAAGUUCAAUGGCAUUCGGCAUCUGGUUUCACCACCAUAUCAUCCGGCUUCAAAUGGCCUUGCAGAAAGGAUGGUGCAGACAACCAAAGACGUCUUCCUGAAACAGCUUUUGGAGGAUUCAAAAACCACUUUAAACCGAACCCUACAACAUAGGCUAGACAGCUUUUUGUUCGCCUACAGGAACACGCCACACUCAACCACAGGCAUGACACCUGCCGAAAUGUUUCUCAAGACCAUCCCACGUACACCAUUGAGUUUACUUAAGCCUCAUUUGUCUGACGAUAUGAAGAGAAAGCAAGAAGAGACGAAAACGAGAGCUGAUACCCGAAGAGGAAAACAGAGAUCUUUUAAUAAAGGAGAUAUGGUGCUAGUCCGUACUGUGAGACAAGAGAAGAUAAACUGGCAGUCUGGUGUCAUUUUCAAGGUUGUCAGUCCAGUAACCUAUCUAGUUAAUGUGGAAGGUAAAACAAGAUUCAUACAUGCAGACCACCUUAAGUUGAAUCCAUCACAUGAAGAUGAAGAAGAACAAACGUUACCUAGACCAGAUGAAAACACAAGGACAGAAGAAAUUGCAGCACCGGCAAUUGAAUAUUCUCCUAGGCAAACCCCAACAAAAAGCCCAAGUAAAUCCCGGACAAGACCAUCAUUACCACAAAAUCAAGACUCUCAAGAAUCACCAGGAAUAAUCAAGUCUCCAGAAAGAGUAAACUUGAAGAGUCCAGACUCAUGUAUCAGGCGUUCAAACCGAACAAUAAAACCGCCUGAUAAACUGAACCUGUAG